CAAUUAUACGGAGUAUAUAUACAAUCUUGUGGAUGAUGUCAAUAUACUAUGUCUAGCAUCGCCUACUUUUCAUUUCAAACCAGCAAUUAGGGUUCCGUUCAUAAGGUCCCUCUGGAUAAAGUAAGUUACUCCAUCCCUGUUUUUAGGGUUACGAUUCUUACACAGGAGAUUGGAAGGAAGGAUGAGCGUCGUCAAUCUUACCAACGUGUCGGUUUUAGACAAUCCUGCACCUUUUCUGAAUCCAUUCCAGUUUGAGAUUUCUUAUGAAUGCCUCACUUCCCUGAAAGAUGAUUUGGAGUGGAAGUUGAUUUAUGUUGGGUCUGCAGAGGAUGAAACUUAUGACCAGCUCUUAGAGAGUGUUUUAGUUGGACCUGUGAAUGUCGGCAAAUACAGGUUUCUGCUUCAGCAUUACCCAUUUGGAUUUGCUGACUGGGUUCAACAUACCUGGAAUACUUUCAUUCACAGGCAGAUCCUCCAGACCCGUCAAAAAUUCGUGAAGAAGAUAUUAUUGGUGUGACAGUAUUGUUGUUAACAUGUUCUUAUGUCGGACAAGAAUUUAUUCGAGUAGGAUACUAUGUCAACAAUGACUAUGGUGAUGAACAACUACGAGAGGAGCCUCCUCAAAAGGUUUUGAUUGAUAGAGUCCAGAGAAACAUUCUGGCUGACAAACCUAGAGUGACAAAGUUCCCUAUUAAUUUUAAUCCAGAGAACACUGAAAAUGUUGAACAACAGGGUACUACAGAAAUUAGUGUGCAUGCAGGAGAAAUGGUUUCUUGUACUGACCAUCCCUCUGAUAUCCAGCCUUCAUAAAUUUUGAAUACCAAUGCCAGCUAUUCAGAAACUCAUGUUAUUCAGAAUAGAGGAAACUGACUUUCAAUCUGUAUGAGUUGUUAAAGGUUGUAUUACAAGUUAGUAAGUUAUUUUAAUCUGUAGACUUGAUAGAAGUCGUAGAACUAUGUAUUGUAAUUGUAAUUGUGCCCAUCUUUUAUGUUGUGUUGGAAUUUUCUCUGAAUGUUCAUUCUUUUUAGCCAAGAGAAGAAAAAUUGUGGUCUUAUUAAACUGAACUUGGGC